GAUAACGAAAUUCGUGAGGAGAAGUGCUUUCCUCGGAUAAUCUAGAUUCUGGACGAUACUCAAACGUACUCGCAUGUAACAGACGCUCCACCGUGAAAGAUCCAUACAGUACACUUCAUCUUAGAGAUCUUUCUGGAAACGUUCUUAGGAUGUUGGGACAUUCGUAGGAUGUCCUUCAGAACGUCCCUUAGAGAGUGUGCUAUAUGGGGAAGAAUGACGAACGUGUUGCGAAUGGAACUGCGACGAAUUACAAGAGAGGAACAAUCGCGUAGGUCUGAGUGCGCGUUUGUGAGUGAGUGUAUGUAAGAUUGGUUUUCAUAUUUUUCUGCGUGCGUGUCUUCGUUUCCUCGCUUCGCGGAUCCCCCGAGGAUGCGCGAGCCCCAGUAGUAGUACCGGCCUAAAUCUCCUACGAUUAUCUCGGCAGAAGUCGAGCAAGAGUUGCAAAGCUUGCAUACGCGUCGAGUGUAAUCGAUGCCCUCAAACAGUUGGCCCUGCAAGGAUACCGCGGCACGAAACUCGAGUUAAUCUCCUUAUCUGAGGCUAUAACUCGCUUAUCAGAACUCUCCGACGCCUGAACGUCCGCCACGUGGAAUAACAGCAGUGCUGUUAACGUUAAUGAGCGAGGAGCUCCAUGAGAAAUUAAUUCACUUCUCUCUCGUGAUCAACGAAGUAUACAUCAUUUGGAUUUUCUUCCGGAUAAUUCCCAUCUUGUCGAAUUGCAUUACCGGAUCUCUUCCGCCUCGCAUUCGUUCUGAGAGAUGGACCAUCAGCGAAUUCAUUCGCGUCAGCGUAUCACUGACGCAUGAUCGAUUCGACGGAAUAGUAACAAAGAAAAAGAGAGAAAAAGGAGAAGAAAGAGAAAGAAGAAGAGGAAGUUGUCGUGUAACAUGAAUAACUGAUCUAACACUCUUCAAAAAUGCAUCGUGAAUAAUGGUAUAACGCAAAUAACGUCGUCGGUAAUAUUAAUCAUCAUGCAGAACUCGUCAGCGCGCAACUAUAGCUAUGUGUCGGAGGACAUAACGUCGAAUUUGUCGGUGCAAAUAAUAUUCUGUUUGUUCUACAUCAUUAUCUUCGUGCUGGGUAUAUUCGGUAACGUGCUGGUAGUCUUCGUCGUCGGUCGAAACCGCCAGAUGCACACCGUCACCAAUCUCUUCAUCACGAAUCUCGCGCUCAGCGACGUGCUGCUAUGCGUACUGGCCGUGCCCUUUACUCCUCUGUACACUUUUUUGAGCGGUUGGAUCUUUGGGAAGACUCUCUGUCACCUGGUGCCCUAUUCCCAGGGCGUCAGCGUGUACAUCAGUACGCUCACGCUGACAAGCAUAGCCGUCGAUCGGUUCCUAGUGAUUAUCUAUCCGUUCCAUCCGCGGAUGAAGAUUAAGAUGUGCUUAGCGAUCAUCGUGAGUAUCUGGGUGAUCGCAUUGUUACUUACCUUGCCAUAUGGGCUUUACAUGCAGUUAGAGGAGACGUAUAUCUCCUUCUGCGAGGAGAAUUGGCCCAGUGAGCCAUUUCGCAAGGUCUUCAGUUCGCUUACAUCGAUACUCCAGUUUGUCGUGCCAUUCUUUGUAAUCUCCUUUUGCUAUAUAUGCGUAUCGAUUAAGCUGAACGAUCGAGCGCGUGCCAAACCCGGCACCAAGACCAGCAAGCGUGAAGAAGCGGAUCGCGAGAGGAAACGCCGGACUAAUCGGAUGCUGAUCGCCAUGGUUGCUAUAUUCGGUGUAUCCUGGUUGCCGCUCAAUAUUGUCAAUGUCGUCGAUGAUUUCUAUUCGUAUGCCAACGACUGGUCCUACUACAAACUCUGCUUUUUCAUGUCGCACUGCAUCGCCAUGAGCAGCACCUGUUAUAAUCCGUUUCUCUACGCCUGGCUCAACGACAAUUUCCGCAAGGAAUUCAAGCAGGUCCUGCCGUGUUAUUCAAGAAACUCCAAUAGUAACACUCCGAGAAUCAAGAAGAGUUGCAGGGGCGAGAAGAUUUGUAACGGUAAUAACACCCUGCAAGAGACCCUAUUGCCCAGUAAUACGAAAACGCAGAAUCCUGAGGGAUGCGAGAUGAUCAUUCUGGAGCAGACGACGAACAUCUCAAAGGAGUUGGAUCAGCCUACGAGUUCCUCAAAGGAUUUUGACGACGCAACUCUGUGAGAGAAAGAAAUUCCAGCCUUUAAGUCGGGAAUGCGUCAUCAUGUUGCUUCCAUCAUCGCGAUCGAAAAGCUGUCACUCGGAUAAAUCAAAACGUAUAGAGAGGAUGC